AUGUCUUUUACUAAAAAAGAAACCCAAAACGAAAAUAAAUCUCUUGCUAAACCCCAGAGUAGUUUUUUGGAAUCCUUGGCCAGAAUGUUGCCACUACUUACUUUAACCUUCGAGCAAUUUACCGGUCAACCCAUUCCCCAAAUGAGUGGCACCAUUGCCGAUAUAGCGGCUUCUUUGCUUCAAAUCCAACAAACCCAGCAAACUAUUUUGCAAAAGAUUACGGAUUUAGAAAAAAAUUGUGCCGAACAAUUUAUCCACCAAGAACAGCAAUUAACUUCUUUACAAAAAGUCAGUGCCUUAGUCAGCACGGAAAAAACCAAAGCCAUUCAUUUUGCCAACCCUAAGACCGGCAGCAUCGCUAUUGGUUUAGCCGCUGGCUAUGCUCUCUAUAAAUUUGGUAUCCUCCAAAAGUUAUUGAAAGGCGUAGGCCAAAUGUUCCGCAAAAAAGAUGAAAAUUCUGACUCCUCUAAUUCUCAAUCCACAUCUAUUUAA